AUGUCCGCCGACAGUCUCGACAUUCGCGCGGCCAAUUAUAUGAUUGCACUGUAUGAGUAUAGACUAGCUUACUUGGCUGGCACCGCUGGGCAGAAUCUGUCGCCCGCGCCGGACGCCGACUUUAGUGUGGAAAUGAUCGGCCAGGCACACCAAAUGGUCGAAAUUAUUAAGGAAGCCUUUCUUCGUCGAAAGGAUUAUGCGGAGGCUAUCCCGGCGGAAAUCUCUGACCGGACAAUGCCGCGCCUUCAUCGCGCCAUGAAGGAAUUCCCGCCCCUCGAACUCGGCGACGGUAUUUUUACACAGCCCGCCACCGUCGUCGAUGCACUGGGGCAUGUUCUGCUUUGGUACCUGCCUGGUAUCAUAACGGCCGAGCAGCAGGCGAGCCUUAAGAUAUGGGAAAAUACGUUUCUACUCAAUCCAAUGCUCGCAAAGUCUCGUGGGCAGGCUUCGACAACAUGGCGGAAUCACCCGGACAACUUCGCGGCAACCGGACAAUGGCAAAGCCUGGAUCCCGGGUGCAUAUCUUUCUCCCCGGGUUGGUACCAGCAAGGUCACCAGGGCACUACAUAUCCGCCACAGGUGUCCUCAACUUUAUCGGAGGAACAAUCUCCCGGCCGGGAUUGGUUCCGGGCAAUGACAGAGCAGCACGCCCUCAUUGCGGGCAUGCUCCGGAUAAUUCAUCCGGAGUUGCAUGCUAUGGGCUAUGCGGCGCUCGCCUCAACUCGGAUUUGUCCCGACAUUGCGGACGUGCUCCCCUUGUGGGGUACUCCAUUCAAUGCCAUGUCCGUUAUCACCAACCGCCGAUCGCCCCUCCACCUUGACCGAAUGUCGGCAAAGGAUUGGUACGAUCUCCUCAUCACGAUUGGUGGGGACAACGACACGGUAUUAGAGCUCCCGACCCUCGGCCUCACCUUACAGUACGCCGGCGGGGAGAGGCUUUGCGUUGUAUACUACCUUAGACCCCAAGUACACAAAUGGGCGAAGGUGAAGAAGACCAGUUGGCUGACAGUCGACUUUUAG